AUGCCGCUAGGAAACGAGGAUCGAAAUUACCUUGACGGGUUCCGCGUGGAAGCGUGCCCCCUCUUCAAACAACACCAAUGCCAACAACACAGACCGUACACCUGUUUCAACUGGCAUUUCGCGAAUCAGAGAAGAAGAAAACCGACGAGAAGACCUGAUGGAUCGUUCAAUUAUUCCCCCGAUAUCUACUGCGACAAAUACGACGAGAACACCGGCAUUUGCGCCGAUGGUGAUGGCUCGACCCCGUGCCCGGCAGCGAAAACCGCCGACGAGUGGCUCGACCCGGAACUGUGCGAGCAGGGCGACAAUUGCGGGUAUUGCCACACGAGAACCGAGCAGCAAUUCCACCCCGAGAUCUACAAGAGCACAAAGUGUAAUGAUAUGCUAGAGCACGGCUACUGCCCUCGAGCUGUCUUCUGCGCGUUUGCCCAUCACGACUCGGAGAUGCACGUCCAGAGGACCCCAUACGCCUACACCAGCCAAAAUUCACCGAAAGAACACGGCAGCCCGGACUAUCGACUUGGCUCCCCGGCCGCGCUGAAUGGCUCGACGAAUGGGCUGAAUUUGAAUGGAGGUUAUCAGAACAUGGUGAAAUCUCGGGCUCAAGCGAUACCAAAUGGUCGUCCCUUCUCGUCGAGUCGUGACGACUUGAUGUCGAGCAGCUACCCAAAGGCACCUGGAUUUGAGAGAGGACCACUUUCGCCCAACUGCCAAGCCGACCAGCGUAUCCGAACGUACUCGCUGAACAUUGGGACCCUGGAUAUGGCGAGAAGAGCCGCCAUGCUCUCCGGCCAGUGGGGAGCCACCCAGGGCGACACCGGCGGCCUGGCCAACGCCUCCAACCUGUGCAGAUCCGACUCCGGAUUCCAUGCGGUGUCGUCGACGAUGGAGGAGCUGAGCCUGGACUUGGCCCCCAUUGAUGAGCACCGGGACACCAACAAGUUUUCAGACAUCUUCAGCACGUCAUUGCCAUCCCCGAUGAACAUUGGCGGACCGGGGCGUGGCGACAACCCAAUCCAAGACUACGGCAUGACGAACGGCCAGGGAAGAGUUGAAGAGAAACUGGCUGAAGCCCAAAUCGCCGCCCAGACAUGGAAGAGCAACUGCGACUACUACAAGAUGGUGGCCGAGAAGGCGGCAUUCGAGAGGGAUCAACUGCUGCAACAAAUCGAACGCAUGCAAAUACAAGCAGGACCUGUUGGCCAGAACGUCGACUUCAGCUCACCGCCACCGCCGACUAGCAGUUACAAUCUGUUUGGGAACCCAACCGACGACGUGUGGAAGCCGCUCCCAGUGCCCGAUUCUCCACCCCAGAAUCAA